GAAAAAAAGAAACAGAAAAUAUAUUGCCUUUAAAAUCUUGAUCUUAGAAAGAUAGAGAUGUAUAUGCAUGGCCUGGCCAUCAGGUUAACCUGAGUUUUCUCCAUAUAUAUAUAUAUAUGAACACAUAAACACAGUAAUGCCAAUAUGGAUAUAGUUACUUAGACUACCUGUAGAGUACUCUUUCUCUACAUAACCACACACACACACACACACACACACACACACACACACGCAUAUAUAUAAUAUAUAUAGUCUCCCUAACUAUUAUUUACAAACAUACAAAUACAUAUAUACACAUAUAUAAACACAAACACACACACACACACACACAUAUAUAUAUAUAUACACAUAUAUACAUACAAAUUUCUAUGUAUGUAAACUCUUUGUUUACAUAAAUGUUUUCUAUGACAAAUAUUAGGUAGUUGGUACAUGACAAUCUUGUAUCUAUGUAUAUAUUGAUACAUUUAUAUAGAUAUUGAUUUACAGAUACAUAUAUCGGAAUGUGCAGUCAUACAUAAAUUGAGCAUACAUACAAUACAUACAUAUACAUACAUAAAGCUGUGCACAUAUACAUAGAUACAUACACACACACACACACACACACACACACACACACACAUAUAUAUAUAUAUAUAUAUAUAUAUAUAAAUUAUAUAUAAAUAUAUAGAUAUUUAUCUUAUUUCUGGAUAGUCUUUAACACAAAAACUGUAUUUAUUGGAAUGGUAAUUUUGCAUGAGAUAUGGAAGAGGAUUUAAAUGUCUUUUUGUUACGGAGAUCAAAGCUUGUUGACCCUUUGAAUCAAACCGCUCGUGGCAGACUACAAACUCGGAGGUCAAAGUUGAAUGAUGAAAUUGACAAAGAACUGCGAUUACGAGCAGGGGCAGAGAAUCUCUUCAGGGCAACAGGAAACAAGAGGCUGAAAGAAUUAGUGGCUGUUGAACUGUCUUUCUUUAACUCAAAUAUACAACUACUUAAAGAGGAACUGUGUGAACUAAAUAGUUCUGUUAAUAUAUACCAACAUGCCAACGCUAUAGACUCUGUGCCGAUGGUCCCGCUGGGUCUGAAAGAAACCAGAGAAGUUGACUUUACAGUUCCCAUUCAGGACUUCAUUGUGGAACACUUCAACGAUGAUGGCACUAAGUAUACAACUUCCAUCAACCAGCUGAUGGAAUUUAGACAGAAUAUCCGUACACCACAGCGUAGUGAAUCUGGAGUAAUACAACUAUUAACAUACUAUAAUCACCUCAGUCAUCUAGAGAAGAGAUUUUAUGUGGCUGGCAGAAAUCUUGGUAUCUAUUUCCAUUGGUAUGACUCCCUGACUGGCGUGCCUUAUUUUCAGCGAGCUAUUAGCUUUGAGAAAGGAUGUGUUUUAUUCAAUGUCGGAGCCUUGUACACACAGAUUGCUUGUAAACAGGAUCGCAAGGUACUCUCUGGAAUGAAUGCUGCCAUUGAAAACUUCCAGAAAGCUGCUGGUGCUUUCCAGUAUCUGGUCACUUAUUUCAGUGAUGCACCAAGCAUGGACAUGCAACCAGUUACGUUGCUUAUGUUGAUUAAACUCAUGAAGGCCCAGUCUGUGGAGUGUAUUUAUGAAAGGAUGAACUUGGAUGGUAUAUCACCUGGUUUAUUGAACUACGUCAAGAUUGCGAAGAUGGCAGCAAAGGUUUCUACAACAUACACCAAAGCCCACGAUAUGAUAUCGGUGGAACCAGUUAAACAAUAUGUACCGUUUUCUUGGACUUCAAUGAUGCUGGGGAAAAGUCAGUUUUACAAAGCUUUAGCACAUUACUACAUAGCACUGGCCCUGAUGGAACAAGAUGAUAGUGACGAUGUUGGCAAACUACAAGAAUUGGUCAAAGUUCUUGACAUCACAUCAUCUUCACCAGACUUCCAAGACAUGGCAACUGUGUUACCUUUCAACUCUGAGAAGAGGAAAAUUCAAGGCAAAGCUCAUUAUCGUGAGAGCGUUGUGCUCCUGGAGGAAGCACUGAACACCCAUGACUUAUGUAGGCAGAUGCGCAAGAUUGACUUGUUUCAAGGAGUAUUACGUGAAACCUAUGAAAGAGCACUGAAAAAAUUUGAAAAUCUAGAGGAAGAAGAUGAUUUCACCGAUCUGAUUAAAGUGCCAGAAAUAAUCCCAGAAUCUCAGUAUAAUGUGGAGGACAUUUAUCCUGAAUUUUCUAAUCAUGCUGUUACAGAUUUGUUCCAAAGUUUGGGGCCACUCAAUAUAUUCAGUGCCAAUAAACUUUGGACAGCACCUUGUCUUAUUCAUUUGACGAAAAAUUCUCAGUACGGAUUUGGUUUCAGUAUCCGUGGGGAUUGUCCAGUGAAGAUCAACAGUAUUGAACCAGGGUCACCAGCUGCGGAGAGUGGUUUAAAAGUUGGAGAUUACAUUGUUGCUAUUGGCAAAGAGGAUACAAAGUGGAGCAUGCAUGACGAAGUGGUGAACCUGGUCCAUGAGGCAGGAGAGAGUCUGGCGCUCGAAGUGGUGACGCCAAUGGGUGAGAACAUUCCAGAAGAAUCACCAUUCUAUGAGCGAAAGCGCUGCAAAUCCGUCGGGUGUGUAUAUCCAACAAAAAUCUCUGUCGCUAACGGCAACACAACUCCGAGGAAUAAAGCUCAGAGACACAACAGUCUGAACAACAUUGUUAAUAAUAAUAACGGUCAUGACAUUGAUUAUGAUCACAGCAACAACAACAUUAGCAAUACAGACAAUGCUCUCACUACUCUCACAGCAACCACCAACAACAACAACAAUUCUAGUAAAGACUUUAGCAGAUCUUCAAAGACAAGAAACAGAUUCAGUGCAACGUGGCUGUUUAUUCGAAAGAAUUCCAGCAAAGUGCUCAAUAAAUUUGAAAAGAAAACUAAAGAUGACCUGGCUUCACGGUGAUUCCUUACUGCCACGUUGCCAAUUUCAAAGAAACUUUUCUUCAAUGUUUGAAACAUUGGCUUAUGAUUUCAAGAAAUAUUGAAAUAUUUACCUACAAACCAUCAUGUUUUUAUUGUUUAUUCUGUUUUAUACUAAAUUUCAUAUCAAACUAUGCUUUGGACAAAUAAAUAAAAUAGACCUGUACAUAUAAGUAUGGAUGUGUGUGUGUGUGUGUGUGUGUGUACACACAUACAUAUAUAUAGUAAUAUUGAUGUCAAAUCAAACAAUGAUAUUUUGAAAACAUUUAAUAUGCAUGUUUCAGAUCUGCAAAAUAUGUAAUACGAAAUGCAUCCCAUUAUGAAAACCCUUCUUUAAUUAAUACAUUUCAGAAUAUGCAUAUAUAUAUACAUACACACAUAAAUAAGUGUGCAUACAUACAUACAUAUAUAUAUAUAUAUAUAUAUAUAUAUAUAUAUAUAUAUAUAUAUAUAUAUAUAUAUAUAUAUAUAUAUAUAUAUAUAUAUGUGUGUAUAUUCAAAAUCCAAAUAAGUUAUCUUUAAAAAAAUAACGAUAAGGUGGCCAGCAAGAAUAACCAAAAUAGGCAAAAUAUAUAUUAUUAAAAGUCAGGGUAUGAUAUGCACCGUUUGCUAGAAAGAAGAGUCAAAACUCUCCAAAGCCACACAUCUCUCACGCUCACUGGCUUAGUGUUCAUUGAGUAUGUAAGUAAUAAUUAAUGAGAGGGAUGGAAGAUAUGAAAAUCUUUAUUGAUCACUACAAUAGUACAAUAUCCCACCUGUGAGGGAUCAAUGCUAGAUGGGUUGCAACAAUUUCAGGGAUCAAUGAAGAUUCUUGUAUCCUCCAUCUCUCUCAUUUAUUACAUAGAUAGGUAGACACAUACGUAUAUAUACACACAUACAAAUAUGUGUGUGUAUAAAGAGGAUCAAAGGUCCCUCCUGAGGUUCAGAAGGCUACUUUCCUGUGGCAUAUAUACUCCCUCCACUUCCUGGAUAGAACAUCCUGUUGAAGGAUUACUCAUUUUUGUCAGUUGAGUGGCCUGGAGUAAUGUGAAAUGAUGCAUUUUACUCAAGGACAUUACAUAUUGCACAGUCCAGGAAUCAAAAUCACAGUCUUACAAUCAUAAGAGCAACACCUUCACCACUAAGCCAUAUGCCUCCACAUGUCCUCUGUGUGUGUGUGUGUGUGUAUAGUUAGCGUUAGGAAGGGCUUCCAAUCAUAGAAACCAAGCCAAAACAGACUACCUGGUGCGGACCCUGGCCUUGCCAGUUUCUGUUGAGUCAUCCAACCCAUGCCAACAUGGAAAACAGAUGUUAAAUGUUGAUGAUGAUGAUAUAUAUUAUAUAUAAAUGAAAUGCUUAUAUAUAUAGUCACAGACGUUUUGUCUUAUGUAUGUGAAUUUGUAUUCAUACAGUGCUUGAAUGUAUGUAUAUUUUUUUAAUAUGUACGUGUUUGUGUAUAUCUGUAUGAAUGUCUCUUUUCUAUUUUGUGUGAAGAUUUCUUAUGAUUUUAUUUAAAUUUUCAAUAUUUGUAUAUAUUUACUUUUAUAUAACCUGUGUGUGUGCAUGCAUAUAUAUAUGUGUGUGUGUGUGUGUGUGUGUAUGUAUAUAACACAUCCAUAUGCGCAUAUAUACUGUGGGCAUGUUUUAAGAAAGUAUGUAUAUAAUAUAUACAUGUAUAUACAAUUUUUUUAUGAAUGUAUCUCUCCUACUUCUCUCCCUAUAAAUCUAUAAGUGUAUGUGUGUGAGGUUUCAUACUAACAAACUACGAGUAUUAAAUAUUAUGAUACUGUUUCUAAUUUUUAAAUACAUCUGACAAAAUUACACACACACACACUUGCUAACUUUUAUAUUACUAAAUACCUGUAUAUUUGUAAAGCAAAAACACAUUUUGAAGGUAUUAUUACGUUACUCUUAUUUCUGAACAUAAAUGGAUUUACUGCAUAAAUCUAGCCUUAAAAGUAUUUCUGGUUAGCCUGAUAUACUUAUUUAUUGUACAGCCUGCUGAUUCUACAUCUGUUCCUCUGUUAAGUACUAGGAUCAAUAUAAUUGACUAAUCCCCUCUCCCUUAAAUUGCUGGCCUAGUGCCAAAAUUUGAAACUAUUAUUAUUAUUAAGAAUAACAACAGACAAAACAGCCUCAUGAUACUUAGUUACAUUCCUUUAAAUUUUGAUUUAAAAUUCUACCAUGAUCAACUUUGCCUUUCGUCAUCCUUUGUUGUCUGGGGUUGAGAUCGAUUGAUGAAAUAAAGUCCCAAUCAAGUACUGGAGUCCAUUUACUAUUCCUUAAAGCAGUGCUUCUCAACCAUUUUCUUUUACUAAUGUACCUCUUUUGAUUCCUAUUUUACUUGGGUGAACCCUCUUAACCAUUUGAUGUUAAUAAAAUCUUUUUUUUUUAUAAUUAAAUAUUAUUAGGAAUUGUAUAAAAAUAAUUAUCAAAUUUUUUUGUGUAUUGUAGAAAUAUAGCCAAUUAAUUUUAACAAGAAAACCUUAAAUGGACCCCCAAGGAUCCAUAUGGAUCCUGGUUGAGACCCACUGCCUUAAAGCAUUCUAAAUGUAACUGGAAUUAUAACAGAAGGCCAAGUCUGUUCCUUCUAUCAUGUGCCAAUAACAUAUCUUUAUAAUUUCACACAUUUGAUUCCUCAUAAGUGAUUUUAAGUAAUUUAUCCCAUUUGCCACCCAUCAAUGUUUUUCUAAUUUGUCCUUGUAAUGUUCUUUUCAUCUGCUGCCCUUGUGUAAAAUAAAGAAACAAUCAUCUGAAA